AUGAUCAUGGAGAAGGGCAUAAGUUCAGUAGAAGUGUUACCUUCCAAUUCGUCUCAGGUUACAGCUGUAAAAGUGGUGGUCAAAGAGCCCGAAACAAAGCAAACCCAAAGAGGGAAGCGAGUGGGAUUUGUGCUUGUCCAUGCAGGUGCAGGUUAUCAUUCCGAAUCCAAAGCUAAAGAAUACAAGCAUGUGUGCAAAAGAGCAUGUCAGAAGGCAAUAGAAAAGCUACAGGCUGGUGCUCUUGCCACAGAUGCAGUGACUGCAGCACUUAUAGAAUUAGAGGAUUCUCCUUUUACAAAUGCAGGAUUGGGGUCUAACCUAAACCUUCUGGGUGAGAUAGAGUGUGAUGCCAGUAUAAUGGAUGGAAAGUCAUUAAAUUUUGGAGCAGUUGGAGCACUGAGUGGAAUCAAGAAUCCAGUUUCAGUUGCAAAUAGAUUGUUGUGUGAAGGGCAGAAGGGAAAACUCUCUGCUGGCAGAAUUCCACCUUGCUUUUUAGUUGGUGAAGGAGCUUACAGAUGGGCAGUUGAUCACGGGAUACCAGCAUGUCCUCCAGGUAUCAUGGCUACAAGGUUUAGUUUAGCAGCUUUUAAAAGGAACAAGAGGAAACUGGAGUUGGCUGAAAAGGUGGAAACAGAUCUCAUUCAACUAAAAAAAAGAAGACAAUCACAUGAAAAGGAGAAUGACUCAGGAACAUUGGAUACGGUUGGUGCGGUGGUUGUUGACCAAGAAGGAAAUGUUGCUGCUGCUGUCUCCAGUGGAGGUUUAGCACUAAAGCAUCCUGGAAGAGUUGGUCAGGCAGCUCUUUAUGGUUGUGGCUGCUGGGCUGAAAAUACAGGAGCUCAUACCCCUUACUCCACUGCUGUGAGUACUUCAGGUUGUGGAGAGCACCUUGUCCGAACCAUACUGGCCAGAGAAUGUUCAUGUGCUUUGCAAACAGAAGAUGCCCACCAAGCUCUCCUAGAGACUAUGCAAAACAAGUUUAUUGGUUCACCUUUUCUAGCCAAUGAAGAUGGUGUUCUCGGAGGUGUGAUAGUUCUUCGGUCUUGCAGGUGUUCAGCAGAGCCUGAAUCACCACAGGAAAAGCCAACUUUACUAGUGGAAUUUCUGUGGAGCCAUACAACAGAGAGCAUGUGUGUAGGAUAUAUGUCUGCACAGGAUGGCAAAGCUAAGACUCACAUUUCAAGACUUCCUCCUGGAGCUGUGGCAGGACAGUCCGUGGCAAUAGAAGGAGGAGUUUGCCGGCUGGAGAGUCCAGAAAGCUGAACAGCUGAUUCCUCACUUCAUUGCAAAGAAUGUGAAUGACUUUUUGUACAAUAAGUUUUUUUGUGUUUUAACAGAUGUUGGAAAUUCUACUCUUGUUUUAUAACCCCGUAUUGCAACCACGUGCACCAUAACUUGAGACAAGUGCUGCUGUAGUUUAUGUUCUCACUCUGUGAAUGGGAGUGUGUUUAUGUUCAUUUUUUCCCUAAUAAAAUAGGAACUCUUCCCAGUUGUGCAAAGAUUAUAUAUGAUUAAUGAUUGCAUUUUCAUUGCUUUAUGUUUGAAAAAUAACCGAAAGGUUGUUUUGUUUUGUUUUUUUAACUAAUUUAAAGAUAUGGUCACAAUUGUCUUUGAUGUUCUAAAUUUGAAAGUAACAGACCUUUGAAGUGGCUGUGUAAUUAUGCAAAAAUGGUUAUGGUUUCUAAGUUUCUCAAUGGUUUAAGGAAAUCCAGUGGUGGUUUAAACAUGGGUUGGUUUUUUCCCUCCCCAAUAAGGAGGAAUUUUUUUUGUCAAAGAAUGGUUUCAGUGAAACAAACUAGAGCAAGGUUAAGGCUAGAAUUGUUUUUACGUAGUCUUAUAGGUCAUAUCUCUGUUCCCAAACUAAAAUGUUAAUAGCUUCAAGCUGUAUGUAUUACAAAAAGCUAUAUGAAGAUAAUGUAUCGUAACGCAGUCUUUAUGUAUAAUGGAAUAUUACACUGUAAAUAAGAAAACAAAGUUUAUGGAAAGAUUCGAUUUUAUUCUUCGCUUCUGUUUUAAAUCUAUUUUUAAGAGAGGUACAGAAAUUGAACAUAUUACUGGAUGCGAAGUGCAAUGUGUAUUAAAUGGAUGUUGGGAGGUCUGAUACUAGCUUUCUUAUUGGUAAAGCAACUUCCUGAAGUCCAGCCACAGCAUGGGUAUUUAUAUAACUGUGUGUAAUAUGUAUGUACUGUGCAUAAAUUUACUGUAAUUCUUUUUAUACUUUCAACAAAACUGCAUUAUAAAACAAUGUAAUCCUUUGUCUGCCUUGUGAAGCACUGGCAGCUGAACUGUCUUUUGUCACCGGUUCUGAUACCUUAGCCAGGUUGCCUGAGUCCUAAAAGUGAGUUCUGACGUACAAUCUUCCAUUCAGUACUUUUCUCUUUGCAGCGCUGGCAGCAAUAGAAGACUUCUGUAAUUAAUUCAUUGUCCUGAUAAGUAUGCCAAAGAGAAACUGAAAUAGUUCGUCUUUUUCCCUGGUGGAUAUUUGAUAAUUCUGUUUUCAGAAAGAGUGGAUGAAUAGAUAUUCAGACUGUAUUCGCUUAAUCGGGCAUUGUACUUGCCUGUUUCGUAAUGUUGUGCCUGCCUAUAACAGACAUACUUGACUGAUUAAAUGGUUACAUUGAUUGUAGUACCAAUCUUUCAUGGAUUAAAAUCUUAAUAAAUUUUUUUAAUAGCCUGAGUUCACUUUCACUCUUGCGUUACAGCAUACAUGGCAAUACUGUCCU